AUGGCUGUCUCAGUAUUUAGGCUGACAAUUGUCCUGGGCCUGCUUGUCUUAAUCCUGACCUGCCAAGCGGAUGACAAACCAGAUGCCAAACCAGAUGGUGAACCCAAUGAUAAACCAGAUGACUCAGACAAAAGCGCAGAUGAUUUCCCAAAAUUUCUGCACAACCUGGGUACAGAGAUCAUAGAGAAUGCAUUUGAAUUCAUUCUCCGAUCCAUGUCUAGGGGCACAGGAUUUGUGGAAUUUGAUGUUAAAAAAAGAGAACAUCCAUCAAAGUGA